AUGACAGAUCAGGAUCCUGUGGGAAAGUUGUUUCCAGGCGUAGAAAUCAAGAUUCUAGACGACGAAGGUCACCUUGUGAGUCCAGGAACUAUUGGAGAGAUUUGGAUAAAAACCUUGGCAGUGACUCCAGGAUAUUGGGGAAGGCCGGAUCUCAACUCUUCCAUGUUUGACAACGAUGGGUUCUUCCGGAACGGUGACGCUGGGUACUUUGAUCCUGAGGGCAAUCUGUAUCUACGGGGUCGGGUAUGUGACCUCAUCAACUUCAGAGGGCACAAG